AUGCUCACAUUUGAUGCCGUCCGGCACUUUGGAGAGGUGUUCUCUUCACGGAUGAAUCCCGGUUUUUACUUUACAAGGCAGGUGGCAGACAGCGUGCAUGGCAUUGUGUGGCGUGUUCCAGUUCCUGCUAAUAUCCAGCAACUUCAAACAGCCAUUGAAGAGGAGUGGACCAAUAUUCCACAGGCCACAGUCAAGAACCUGAUCAACAGAUGUUGUGGGAUCAUUGGAAUAUUGCUGGUGUUCUCCAUUCUUCAGUUCAUCCUUUCCAUCACCAUGACACCAUCUCAGGUUUUGCAUCAAAGCCACCUCAAUUGGGGAGGGGUCUGGAAUGCAUUUGUUUUACGCUGUUCACUACAAAUCUCUACUGUCAUUACAACUCGUAAAUCUGUUGUAUCACUUCGCCGCGGGGGAAAUGUUAAUAACCUCCACACUCUCCCUCCUUUCACUAUUGCCUCACUCACUUUUCCCAUUGGCUUAUGGAACUGUCAAUCUGCUGUCAACAAAGCAGAUUUCAUUACUGCCAUUGCUUCACAUUAUGGCCUUUCUGUUUUAGCACUUACUGAGACAUGGAUUAAACCAGAGGACAUUGCCACUGCGGCUGCCCUCUCCAACAACUACACUUUCUCCCACAGUCGUCGCACAACAGGAAGGGGUGGAGGAACCGGUCUGCUCAUUCCAAAGGACUGGAAAUUUCAACAGCAAACCCCCUCAUGUGACAGCAGCUCUUUCGAGUCGCACGUUGUUACUAUCAUCCACCCUACUAAAAUCCAUUUUAUGUAGGAGUUGGAUGUAUUUCUGUCUUCAUUCCCAGAGGAUGGUACUCCUUUAGUAGUACUUGGUGACUUCAACAUCCACCUGGAAAAACCACAGGCAGCUGACUUCCACACCCUGACUGUGUCGUUUGACCUCAAGCGAGUCCCUACUUCACCAACACACAGGUCUGGUAAUCUUUUAUAUCUUAUCUAUACACACUGCCGUUCCACUUACCACACCCAGGUCACCCCAUUACACACAUCUGAUCACUUCCGCAUUACUCUUGAGCUUGACCUAACUCACCCAGUCACUCCACACGAUCCCCCAUUGGUCACGUUGCGGUUCAACCUGCGCACACUCUCUCCCUAUCUCUUAUUCUCUGUGAUCGGUUCCACACUCCCCACUCCCAGCCAACUCUCUCUGUUAGAUACUGACAACACCACCGAAACACUUUGUUCCACUCUUACAUCCUGCUUAGACACAUUAUGCCCUCUGACAUCUGGACCGGCCCGGGCCACACCAAAUGCCCCUUGGCUAUCUGAGGGUCUCCGUGAGGAGUGGCGCAAAUCGAAAGAUCCUUCUGACCUUUGUCUCUAUCUGUCUCUUAUUGCCUCCUUCUCCACGGAUGUCUCCUCUGCUAAGACCCUAUACUACCAUACAAAGGUUAACAACUCACCUGACUCUCACACUCUCUUCAAGACCUUCUCUACCCGUCUUUGUCCCCCUGCCCCCCCGCCUUCAUCUGACUUAACGGCUGAUGAUUUUGUUUCCUUCUUUAUGAAGGAAACUAAAACUAUUAGCAGUCAGUUCUCCGAGCCGCCGCUUCUUGCGCAUGCUCGAACCUCUGAGACAUGCUCCCUCCCCUCCUUCUCUCUCCUAUCUGAAGCGGAUGUUUCCAAGGUCUUGGCUUCUAACCAUCAGACUACCUGCCCGCUAGAUCCCAUACCCACCCAUCUCCUUCAGGCCAUCUCUCCGUCAGUUAUCCCUGCUCUCACUCACAUUAUCAAUUCAUCCCUUUCCACUUGCACCUUCCUAGCAUUUAAAGAGGCUCGGAUAACCCCGCUGCAAAAACCCACACUAAAUCCUGCUAUGCUAGAAAACUACAGACCAGUUUCUCUUCUUCCCUUCAUUGCCAAAACUCUUAAACGCCUGGUGUUCAACCAGCUCUCCUCUUCCAGCUCUCCUCUUCUCUCUGCACAAAAUCACCUCCUGGAUAGCAAUCAGUCUGGUUUCAACUCCACUGAGACUGUGCUGCUCUCAGUCAUUGAAGCCCUAAGGCAGGCAAGGGCAGCCUCCAAAUCAUCUGUGCUGAUCUUACUGGAUCUAUCUGCCCUUUUUGACACGGUCAAUCACCGCAUCCUCCUGUCGACCCUCAUGUCUAUAGGUGUCUCUUCCAGGAUGACCAAAAACCUGGGAGUGGUCAUUGACGAUCGGCUUAGCUUCACAAAGCAUGUUGCCAACACCGCUCGCUUUUGUAGAUUCAUCCUCUACAAUAUUAGGAAAAUUAGACCUUUCCUAAAUGAGCAUGCUACGCAGGUCCUAGUCCAAGCUCUUGACCUGUCCAGGCUGGACUACUGCAAUGCGCUACUGGCAGGGUUUCCACUGCAUGACAAACCCCUACAGAUGAUUGAUAACGCAGCGACAAGAGUGGUCUUCAAUGACCCAAAGAGGGCGCACGUCACUCCUCUCUUUGUCAAGUUACACUGGCUUCCUAUAGCAGCUCGCAUCAAAUUUAAUGCUCUGCUCCUGGCCUUUUAAACAACCACUGGGUCAGCACCCCCUUACCUUCACUUAUUUAUAGAGCCUUAUGUACCCUCUCGAUCCCUGCGCUCUGUCACAGAGUGACGGCUUUUGAUGCCAUCUCAAAAAGGGAAAAAACACUAGCGCGUAUCCUUCUCAGGAUCUGUUCCACAACUGUGAAAUGAUCUGCCGGUCGUGACACGAUCUGCUGACACUGUAGCUGUCUUUAAGACCUGGCUAAAAACUGCCAUUACCUCACUUCCUAAUAACGGACUUACUAUCUUUCUCUAUUUCCCUUUCUAUUUAUCUCUACACUUCUUAAAAAAAUUACUUACAAACCCUUGA